AUGAAUUACUUUGAAAAUAUAAAUCAAAAUAAUCAUUUAACAAUAUUAAAAAAUAUAUUAGAUGAAGAGUCAACAGAUAUUGAUACACUCUUAGUACAAUAUUUUACUAAAUAUGAUUUUAUAGAAAUAAACAAAUCAAUUCAAAUUUUAGGUAAUAAAAUCACAAAUUCACUAGCUUUGAUCAUAAUAGAGAAACAUUAUAAAGAUCUUUCAGAAUCAAUUAAAGAACAUAUUAAGAAUCAAACUAACAUUAACAUUAAAACAUUGAUUAGUUUAUUAGAAUCAAAUGAUAAUGCAAGUGAAAUUAUUUUAUUUGCAUUAAAUAAGGACAAUAGUGAACAGUUUAUAAAAGAAUCACUGCUUAAGUUAAAUUCAUUAUCAGUAAAGGCUCAGAAGACAUUAUCCUUUAUACUUAAAGAGUUAGACUCUUGUUAUUAUGUAAAUUAUAACAAUUUUAUAUCUUUAUUAAAUCAUGAGAAUCAUAAUCUAAGAGUAGCAUUCAUAUCAAUUAUUGAAGGAUUAAUAGUUUAUUUUAAAGAAGUGAAUAAUCUUGAAGAGAUAGCUAAUCUUACUAAAAUACUUUGUGAAAGGUUACGAGAUGUUAAUUACGUUGUAAGAAACAAAGUUUUAGGGACACUGUCAUUUCUGUUUCGAAAUCAUUUUAUUUUACUUAAAGAGAGAAACAUGGUUAUUGAAUCAAUUUUAGAAAGAAUAGUUGAUAAGACUGUAGUUGUAAGAAAGAAAGUAUUGAAUUUAUUAUCACAAUUAUUAUUAAAUCACCCGUUUAAAAAUAAAGGAAAUAAUUUAAGUAUUUCAAAUACUCACAGUAACGUUGAAUAUGAAAAGGAAUUUAAAUCAUUUGUUCAAUUAAUGAAUACAGCAUUAGAAAAGUGUAUAUUUAUGUUAGAUUGUAAUCUUAAGACCGAUAUAUUGGAAAUAUGUACAUUUAUUAAGUUGUGUUUUUUAUAUAAUCUUGAUAACUCUUAUAAUGGAAUGGUUAAAGUACUUAAUUUGGUAUUUAAUAGUGAAUAUAAGGAACAUAUUAUAAAAAUAUUUAAGGAUGUGAUUGAAUCAAAAAAGAAUGUUAUAUACCAGUUUGUAAAUAACAAAGCUUUUGAAGAGUUAAUUAAACACUUAGAUGUUAGUUAUGAACCCUUAUUGGUUAAUAUUAAAAACAAUCAGUUAAUAUCUGAAAGUAUCUAUAUAUUAAGACAUUUAAAUAAGUCAAUAUCAACAAAAUUAACUCUAUACUUGAUUCAAUAUACAACUCAAUUGUUAUUUAAUUCACAUUCUGAUAAUUUAAUUGAAAAUCUUAACUCGUAUAAAAAUACACUUUAUAUUGUAAGUAAUUCUCCUAAAAUAGAAUAUAAACAUGAGAUAUUUGGUAUUAUAACUAAGAAUAUUAUUAAAAUGAGAUUUUAUGAAUAUAACAUUAUAUCUGAUACUUUAAAGGUAUUUUAUAGUAUAAGUAAAGAUCCAGAAAAAAAUUCUUUAAAAUUACUUAAGAUGAUAAUUGAAUCAAAAAAUAAGCUUAACUUAUUAGACUUUAUUGGAUCUUUGGCGUUACUUGAGUUUAACAGAUUAACUAAAAUAGAAAAUGAUAUUAAAAAUUCAAAGAAUGAUAACAAUCAAGAAGAUUUAAAGGAAAAUUUUCAAUUUAUUAAUGAAAUGAAUGAUAUUGAAGUUAGUAAUUAUUUUUAUCAGUUAAAAGAAUAUGAUUUGUUAAAUAACCCUAGUAAUGUUUUAAAUCAAUUUAAAGAAUUAUUAAUAAAAGAGUGUUUUUCUGAUAAUUUACUAAUUAGGAAAUUAGCAAAUAUAUCAUUGUGUAAAUGGAUGUUGGUAUCACAAAGAACAUUUCAUAAAUAUUAUAAAGAUGUAUAUUUAGUUAAUUUAACUAAUGUAGAUAAUGGCCCUGAAAUCAGAAAUGCUUUAAUAAUAUUUCUACAUGACUUUGCACUCUAUUAUAAUCCUUAUAUCAACUAUAAAGAGAUAUUUAAUUUUUUAAUAGACAAAGAUUUGAAGAAGAAUACAAUAUUAAUUAUAUACAAUUUACUUAAUAAGAAUAUAAUAAGAGUUAAUGGGAAUGGGUCGUUAUUAAGCAGUCAAUUAAAUGAUGAUCAAAUAGGAGUUAUAGUUAGAACAAUAUUAAAAACGGUUUCUAAAAAUUUAAAUAUGAUUUCAGUAAUCUUUUAUGAGUCGUUUAUUGAUGAAAAUAUUUCAAAUGAAAUAUUAAAAUAUUUAUGUGGUUUGAUACCACAAUCCGUUAGAGGAUCUUUAUUUUUAAAGUGUAUUAAAAAUAACACGGUUUGUGAUGAACGAAAAAAAUUAAUUCUUGUUGAGUUUAAUUUGAAAGAAAAAUUUGUUAGUGAUAAUAAGCAUCUUUUAAACAAAUUUUUACAAAAUUAA